CACCGCGAGGAUGUUCAACUUCGCAGCCUCCAGCUUCUACGGCGCACACGCCUGCCAAAGCCUGCUCGGCCAGCCGCAGGCUCCCGCACUCCUCGGGGCGCAGCCUCAGCCCGCGGCCGCCAGCUCUCCCAACUGGUGGUUCUGGAACCCCGCGCCGCCCGCGAGCGGUCUCCUGGCGGACAGCUUCCCCGCGCUCCCUGCGGCGACGACACCUGGUCCACAGCCUCUCCUGGUCCCAGUAAAUAGCAGUGCAUCAAGGAAAAAGAACAAAAGACCUACUGAAGCCAAGAAGGUGGAAGUGACAGCGGUGGUGACAGCACAGGUGGUGGCGGUUCCUCCAGUAAUUACAGAGCAACAGACAGAUGAAAAGAAAAGCAUGGAGGAGUCUACUGAGCCAACUGCAGCCCCUGCGGGCGAGGGGGACCCAAGUAAUCAAGUGAAAGUGGCUGACAGAAGAAAUGAGAUGUGGUCUGAGGGCCGAUACGACUAUGACAGAGUUCCCCGAGAGCGAGCGCCUCCUCGGAGUCAUCCCGCUGAUGGCUACCAUAGAGUAGUUAAUAUUGUGCCAAAGAAACCUCCACUUCUAGAAAAGAAACCUCCACUGCUAGAAAAGAAACCUCCACUGCUAGAAAAGAAACCACCACUGCUAGAAAAGAAACCUCCACUGCUAGACAGACCUGGUGAAGGAAGCUACAGUAGAUAUUACAGUCAUGUUGCUUACCGAGAAUAUGACGAGGGCCGCAGUUUUUCUCAUGAUCGAAGAAGUGGUCCACCUCACAGAGGAGAUGAAUCUGGCUAUCGAUGGUCCCGGGAUGAUCAUUCCUCAAGCCGCCAGAGUGACUACAGGGACAUGAGAGAUGGCUUUAGAAGAAAAAGUUUCUACUCUUCCCAUUAUGCGAGAGACCGGUCUCCUCAUACAAGGGACCCUCCCUUUUUCCGAGACUCACCUGUUGGCCGGAAAGACUCUCCGCACAGCAGAUCUGGCUCCAGUGUCAGCAGCAGAAGCUACUCUCCAGACCGAAGCAAGCCAUACUCUUUCCACCAGUCUCAGCACAGAAAGCCCGCGCGUGCCUGUGCCUCCUACAAACGGCAGAAUGAAGGAAACCCAGAGAGAGGUAAAGACAGAUCUGUCCAGUCUUUGAAAACAUCAAGAGACACUUCACCCUCAAGUUCUCCAGCAGGUCCUUCAUCAAAGGUGGGACCUACAACUCCGUUAUUCCCUGAGCAGCCAGAGGAGCCGGAGACCAGUGCAGCCGACAGCACAGAAUUGUUUGAAGACAGUCAGCUCAGCAGUCGCACGAAAGCAAUAGCGUUGAAAACCAAAGAGAUUGAGCAGAUCUACCGACAAGACUGUGAAACUUUCGGGAUGGUGGUGAAGAUGCUGAUUGAGAAAGACCCUUCCCUAGAAAAGUCUAUCCAGUUUGCCCUGAGGCAGAAUUUACAUGAAAUAGGCGAGCGGUGUGUUGAAGAACUGAAGCAUUUCAUUGCAGAGUAUGAUACUUCUCAAGACUUUGGAGAGCCUUUUUAGAAGACAUAGUAUAAUGGUUAGGCAAAAAUAAAUGUUUCUAGAUUUUUUCCCCCCUGAAUUGUGUAAAUCCUUAAUGUGUGAAAUUUUUGUCAUGAAGAGUGAUGAGUUUUCAGUAUCAAACAUCUAACAUAGUCUGUUUAAAAUAUUUUAAUUAGAAUUUUCUCUACACAUAGGACCUACUAAUCCAUAUUCACCUUCCACCCCCAAAAUGAUGUUCAGUUACUGUUUAAGCCCCACCCGUAAUGGGAUCAAACUCAGGAUCUUGCACGUGCCAGGCAGGUGCUUGCGCCCCUGAGCCAUCUCCUUGGCUGUGGUGUAAGCGUUGCAGGGCUGUCUCACUCGCCCAGGCUGCCUAACCUGCGAUGUGCUUGGUCACGUGAGUGUAACACUCGGGUUGGAGCUCAUUCCACCUGAACAGUAGUUGUGUUUGCACUUUUCAGAGUGGGUGGUACCAGGUGACAGGUUGGAAUUUGGAGUUUUGACUUUUAUUAACUUGUUGCCUGUUUGUCUUAGGCCUCCUAAGUUUUAAUAUGCUGAAGUACACUAUCAUAAUAAAGUGAAUACUUUGGUAUCUUAGGAGAUAUUUGCUUUGAGAAUAAUUCUUAGUAAUAACAUAGCACUUAAAAUCUGAAAGACAUCAGAAUAAAACCUUUUCUUAGAAAAUGAUCUCCGUAUGUCUCUUCUCCAUUUUUAGGAGAAGACACAUAUGGAGAUCACUUAGCUUUAGCUCCUAAAGCUCUUAACUACCCUGAUGUCUUUUGAAGGGGUAAUGUGUUUGAGACAGAGGGUGAGGAAUAUUAGAAAACCCCUGUGAUCAAGUGGGGAAAACCUUUAAAUAUGUAAGAGUGCUGGGGUUUUGUUCUUGUAAGCCCAUGCUGUCUCAGAAGGAUGAACACAUUGCAGGAAAUCAUUUACAGAUAUUGGAAGGGUACUUUGUGACCUCGUGACUGCUGUGUUCGGUGACCUUGGGAGGCAUGUAGUCUUUCCUAAGUGUUCCUGCAAACCUGGCCCAGCCUGCCAUGCCUCACCAAGCGGCGUGGGGCAGUAGUGCUUCUCCGCGCUGGCACGUCACAGUCACUUGGGACUCCUGGCUGGACCAUGGGUGCUUCCUUUGUUUCCUGGGCACUGAGCCAAAAUGUAUCAUUUUAUGGCAUCAGUUAACAGGAGACAUUAAAAAUCUUGUUUGUCAUUUUGAUACCCAGUUUCUCCUCUUCCUGUCCGUUUCCACUCUUUCACCAUUACUAUCAGUGACCUCACGACACUGUCUACAGAGCUGUCCCAGAGCACAGGAAGGUUAUAGUAAAGGUGGGAAUAGCGGUGUAUUUUAAUGGAUCGUAUCCCUCAAAAUAUGCGUUAUGCUGCUUCACAAAUUUAGAAACGAAUUUAGGGCAAAGUUUAAAUUUUCAAAAGUUUUGUAAGUGAGACCAUCUUGCAUUUUUAGUACUUAUCUUUUAUAAAACACAAGCCAAAUGAAAACCCAUUAUUAUUUCUGAUAGUCUUCCUUAGUGUGAAGACAGAGAAGGUAUAUAUGUGUACACGUAUUCUAGUCCCAGGAUUCUGUUUCUUUGGUCAAGCUGCCACAAGUUUAAAAAUAUAAAAACUGAGAAGCUACCAGAGGCA